GUAUGAAAAUAUCAAGAUGGCGUCGUAGCGGGUGAAAGUGGAUGGUUGUAUACCAACAGCUUAAUGGAAGGAGUAGCAAUAAAUGUGAGUUGGAGUAUUGAAUUGGUUUUGUCUUGAGUAACAUGACAGACAUGAGAGUGUAUCCACAAGUCGUUAUAAGUAACAGAAAUAGAUCAAUUUAAAGAACUGUUUUUGUUUGUUUUAACAAUUUUCAUUGAAAUCAAGGAGAACCAUCUGGUGUGACAUGAGCUGUUGGAUAUAUUUGUUUAGUUAGUGUAUAGUUUAGGGAACAUGGCAGACACAAGGAGACGUGUAAAACUCUAUGCCCUUAAUGCUGAUCGACAGUGGGAUGAUCGAGGAACAGGCCAUGUGUCUUCAUCUUUUGUUGAUAAAUUUAAAGGCACCUCUUUGUUGGUUCGUGCAGAAUCUGAUGGAUCAUUACUACUUGAAUCAAAAAUUCACCCAGACACUGCCUAUCAAAAGCAACAGGAAACACUUAUUGUUUGGUCAGAGGGAGAAAAUUAUGAUCUUGCCUUAAGUUUCCAAGAGAAAGCUGGAUGUGAUGAAAUUUGGGAGAAAAUAUGCCAGGUUCAAGGGAAAGAUCCCUCAGUUGAGAUCACACAAGAUAUCGUUGAAGAAUCAGAAGAUGAAAGGUAUGAAGAUGUGUCAGAUACAGCACCGCCCAUUGAGCUCCCUCCCUGCGAUAUUGGCAGAUUAGAAGAAAUUAGUGAAUUAAUAAGCAGCUGCCUGCCAUCUCCUAUCCGACGUGAAAAACUAGCCGUUGCACUUGAGUCUGACAACUACAUAAAGAAACUCAUUGAAGUUUUUCACACAUGUGAAGAUUUAGAAAACAUAGACAGUCUUCAUCAACUGUAUGAAAUAUUUAAGAAUAUUUUUCUUCUAAACAAAAAUGCACUGUUUGAAGUCAUGUUUGCAGAUGACACAAUUUUUGAUGUAGUUGGUGUUCUAGAAUAUGACCCCUCAUCACCUAACCCAAAGCAGCAUAGAGAAUACUUACGAAACGUUUCAAGGUUUAAAGAAGUCAUACCUAUCACUAACCCAGAACUGGUGAAUAAAAUACAUCAAACAUAUCGUGUACAGUAUAUUCAAGAUGCUGUGCUUCCUACUCCAUCUGUAUUUGAGGAAAACAUGCUUUCGACUUUAAGUUCAUUCAUAUUCUUCAACAAAGUUGAAAUUGUGUCAUUGUUACAGGAGGAAGAAAAGUUCCUUGCAGAAUUAUUUGUUCAGUUGACAGAUGAAACAACAGAUGACGAAAAAAGGAAAGAUCUUGUUUUAUUUCUGAAAGAAUUCUGCACUUUUUCCCAAACACUUCAACCUCAGAGUCGAGAAACUUUCUUCAAAACAUUGUUGAAUCUUGGUGCUUUACAAGCAUUAGAAAUAACACUGGGUAUGGAUGAUCAAACUAUCAAAUCUGCAUCAAUUGAUAUUCUAUCAUACAUAGUGGACUUUAGUCCACCAAUGGUUCGUGAAUAUGUCCUUCAGCAGAGCAAUCCUCAGGAUGAUGAUCAACUGAUAAUCAACAUCAUUAUAGAACAGAUGAUAUGUGAUCUCGACCCAGAUCUUGGAGGUGCAGUUCAACUUUCAGGAAUCUUAAAGCUUCUUUUAGAUCCUGACAACAUGUUAGUUACUGUGAACAAAUCAGAAAAGACAGAUUUUCUCAAUUUCUUCUACAAACAUUGCAUGCAUGUAUUAAUAGCACCAGUGUUAGCCAAUACAGCAGGAGAUAAACCAAGUAAAGAGGACAGUCAAACAGCACAGUUACUUGGUCUGAUAAUGGAACUUCUAACAUUUUGUGUGGAACACCACACCUACCAUAUAAAAAACUACAUUCUUCACAAGGACCUACUUAGGAGGAUUCUUGUUCUCUUGAAAUCAAAACACACAUUCCUUGUUCUCUGUGCAGUUCGUUUUAUGAGGAAGAUUAUUGGUCUUAAGGAUGAAUUCUACAAUCGCUAUAUCAUCAAUGGUAAUCUUGUUGCCCCUGUUGUUGAUGCUUUUAAAAGGAAUAAUGGCCGUUAUAACCUCUUAGACUCUGCUAUUCUGGAAAUGUUUGAAUUCAUCAAAUCGGAGGACAUGAAAUCUUUGGGUACAUAUGUGGCUGAAAUGUUUGGUAAAGCCUUAGAAAAGGUUGACUAUGUACAGACGUUCAAAUCUUUAAGGUUGCGGUUUGAACAAACACAAGACAAACUGAAAGACAGAUCCUCGCUUGAAAGUGUUUCAGCAGUUCUUCGUAAUAACAGAUUUCGUAGAGAUGCCAGGCAGUUGGAUGAGGAUGAAGAAAUGUGGUUUAAUGAGGAGGAUGAAAUGGAGGAUAAUGAAUCAAUGAAUGAUUCCAUGAGUAGAAAGCUGGAUGCAGAAUUUGAUCAGAUUGGGAAAAUGCUAGAUAAAAAAGGUAGAGAGACAGAAGAAAAGGAAAACUUAAGGGCAGUGCCAAACAAGCCAGGAUCUCCCAUUCUCAACAUUCGUAAAGUUAACAGCCCCACUUCAAACUCUGCCCAGCCUCUUAGCCCCACAGUUGAAGUUAAGUCACCAACUCUAACAAGAAAAGUUGGGUUAGUGGACUAUCCAGAUGAAGACUCGGAUGACGAAGAGGAAGAAGAUGACGACUCUUCUGGAGUUCCCGUUUCUAAACGACCAAGACUAAAUACAUAGCACAAUGAGUGGUGUUUUAGAGGUUUUAAUAUUUUAGUAUUCAUCUCUGCAUGUCUGGUUGCUCCCCAUAGGCAGAAUACAAUGUGCAUAUCACUAAUGUAUUUGUAUGCACUGAUUUGUUGGCCAUAGAAAUAUGAAUUUAAAGAACUAGCUGUACAGUUUAUACUGUUCAGGGCCAGAUCAGUAAGUAGUGUACUGUCAUUAACCUUUCCUUUUUCUGUUCUACACAUGGGAACUAUUAAGUAAUGGACACAAAAAUCUUGCAACUGUGUAGAAUAAGGAAUUGCUGUGUAGACAGUACAGUCAACAGUAUUACCUUCUCUGCACACCUCAAGAGGCAGCAUUAUAAUCAAGGUAUUAGUUUUUGAAAAUGGAACAGUUGACAGAAAAAUGACGCAAUUGUGGUUUACAUACCUACCUUGCCAGUGUCCAUACGUCGACAUUCAAUGAUUGCUUGGUUUCUGACAUAAGAUUCCAUCUCCCGAGUUUCUUGAUGCUAAAUCAGUUCAGAAUUUAUGUAAGAGUAAGAAGAAAUAUAAUAAUGCUGUAAUGCCAGUUGGAUGACAAAACCUUGUAAAUUCUUUCUUGUAAUUUGUUAUUUUAUAUUUCAGCUCAUUUGAUUUUUUACUGCCACAAGCAAAUUGGAUUAAAAGCUAAUGAUAACUCUUGUGUUAAAAAGUAUAUGAAAUGUAGUUAGAGAGACAAAUGCUGAUAAGAUGAGUUGUUUGUGAAACAGCUAAUAUUGGCCAUUAAUAUGUAAGUUUUUUGGGUCAGUCAACUGAAAAAGUUUUUGUAUGGUUAUGAACUUUCAACUUUCAGCCUUCACAUAAAAUAUUUUUAACUCACUGACUUGAAAAUUAAAUGUUGAUAUGACAAGUUGGCAAAGAAUUUUCUGUAAGAUCCUUGAUGGAUAAUAGUUGUUGUUUUUAUGUAUAUAUCUGUAUGUGUAUAUGGUCUGUAUGGUAACCACUGUUCACUGAUGCCUUUUGUCCUGGCAGUCAUAAAUACAUUUUAGUAAAAGAAAAAUUAAAAGAAAGCCUCAUCUUGAAAAAACUGGAAGAAAAAAUAUUUUUAUACACUAUUCCUCCCUAUACCUCAGCAUAUGAAGUCAUUUGUAGUAUUCAUUAUAUCAUUGCUUCAGGUAAUGUACCAUGGAUAGAGAAAAAUUAAAAACCAAAAAAAAUAAUUCACAGUUAAUGACUUUUAUAUAUGAAGAGGAUAAAACUCAUCCAUCUAUUUAAACAUGUGUUGGGUUAGGUGUGAAAACUUUUAUUGUUUGAGCUUGUGUCAGAUUUUGUAAAAUGUCAUUUUAAAGGAAGAAAAGAACUUUCUUUGGUAGCCCUCACCUUAGAAUGCAUGUCAUCAGCAGUAGAUUUAAUGCAUAUGUAGAAUAUUCAUGGUGGUGUUCUUUUUACCAAAGUAAUUAAAAAAAAAAGAAACUCCAGGAAA